CAAAAGGAUCGUGUAUAUAACUACCCCCAUUUCCAAACGCACCUUUCAGUUCACUCUGGCUUUUAACUCCUCCCCACAACAGGGAUUCACAGAACGUGCAUUCUUCACCCAUUAAUGACUCUUCACUAACACACUUUCCGCUUUGCUUAGCUUUUUCCAGUUCCGAUCUUUUCUUCUUCUUCCUUCUUUUCAGUUUUUCUCACACUCAUACACUCAAUCACACAAGUUUUCACUGAUCAGUGAGAGACUGAGAGUCAAUGGAGCUAAGCAAAGUAACGCUAGAGAUCUUCUCCAAACUAGAGCAGCAAUGGCUCUCUCACUACGAAGCCAACGGAAAAACCCGCAUUCUCAGCAUUGAUGGCGGAGGCAAUACCGCCACCGUCGCUGGCGCCGCUCUUAUCCAUCUCGAGGACCAGAUCCGUGCUCACACCUCCGAUCCUCACGCUCAAAUCGUCGAUUUCUUUGACAUCAUUGCCGGUACCGGCAUUGGUGCCAUCCUUGCUGCUAUGAUCACUGCCGACGACGGCUUUGGUAGGCCCCUCUACACAGCUAGAGACGCCGUCGGUCUCCUUGCCGACAGAAAUCACGAGCUAUACAAACUCAAACACGACGGAAUCUUCCGCCGGCGCAAGAGAUUCUCUUCCAAGAACAUGGACAAUGUGCUUAAGCAAAUUUUCAGUAGAAAAGAGGAAGAAAAGUUGCUUACCUUGAAGGACACGUGCAAGCCGUUGCUCAUCCCUUGCUUUGACCUCAAGAGUUCGGCGCCGUUCGUGUUCUCCCGCGCCGACGCGUCUGAGUCGCCGAGUUUCGACUUCGAGCUCUGGAAAGUGUGCCGCGCCACCUCUGCGACUCCGAACCUCUUCAAGCCAUUCCACUUCGCCUCGGUAGACGGUAAGACCUCCUGCUCCGCCAUCGACGGCGGAAUCGUCAUGAACAACCCUGCGGCAUUAGCCGUCACGCACGUCCUCCACAACAAGCGCGACUUCUCGUCGGUGAACAGCGUUGAGGACCUACUCGUCCUGUCAAUCGGAAACGGAGCUCAAGCGAAGAAGGUUCGAGACGUCGGCGAGUGCUCGACGUCGUCGGUGGUCGACAUUGCCAUCGGCGGCGUUUCCGAGACCGUUGACCAGAUGCUUGGGAACGCCUUCUGUUGGAACCGCACGGACUACGUGAGAAUCCAGGCGUUCGGUAUGGAAGAGGAGGUGCUUAAGGAGAGGGUGCUUGAGUCAUUACCGUUUGGUGGGAAGCGUUUAUUGCAGGAAACUAACGGUAACAGAAUCGAAAGCUUUGUGCAGCGCCUUGUUGCCAUCGGAAAAGCUAGCCUCCCACCCAGUCCCUGUAAGGGUCCGCUGUGAGCACUCUCGCUCACGCCGUCUAUUUUUCUUUUUUCUUUCUUCUUUUUUUAAUAUCUAGACGCUGUAAGUUGUAUUAUCCAAGCUCAGGUUAUUAUUAGUUGAGGAGGAAAAAAAAAGACAGAGAGAGAGAAAGUGGGGAAGUUUUCUUGCUUUGGCUAGCUGAGCUGUGAAUGUUGUCAGAGCAAAUAGCAGUGAAUAAUUUAGUGGUAGAGUUUAUUGUUUCUCUGAUUCCAUCCCUUUGAUUCUGAUAUUGACUUCUACCAAUGAAGGAAGUAGAAGUGACACAUUUUAUCCAAA